CAGAUUUAAGAAAUUUAUAUAAACAAUUUUUAUAUUGAAGACAGCAAUAUAUUUUUUCUAUCGCCUUGUGUUUUAUGGAAAUGAAAUCAUAGAUGAACUUAAGACAAACAUGUGAAGAGAUUAAUGGUUUCAAAUAUACAUUCCACACGAUUUUUACUCGACUAAAAAGCGAUAAAAUGGACUAUCAUCUCUAUUGUAAAAUAUAAUUAUAUGGAUAAUUUGUUUUGUUUUACUAUAUUCUACUCUGAAAUUCCGGAAUGACUACGGAAGUGACUUCAUCUGCCGAUUCCUGCAUGAAAGAUGGAGAGGAUUUUAUGCCCUCAGCGGAAGAAUUGGAAAAUUAUUACAACAUACUUGAGAGCGGUACAAUAUUAGAAUUAGAAUGGCAAUGUCCAGGACGUCGGUCUCCAUCACCUGACUGUGCGAGCAAUGCGAAUAAGGAGCAAACGAAAUCCACUCACACCAAUAAAACGCAAGAACCAAUGAAAGCUAAUGACUUCGAUUUUAGUGACGAUAUAGCGCAGCCUCAAAUGCGAGUACGCAGUCAAAACUCUACGCCAAAAUCAGCUAAAAAGAAAACUGCAAAUUUUGCGGGUGUUAUGGAGGUUCUGAAAAAGAAAAAUGCUGAAGAUUCAUCUUAGCGACGUUGUAUUAGCUCAGGAAUGUUAUUGGUGAAUAGAGAAGAUUAAUUAAUAUUGUAAUGUUGGUUUUAUUAAAUAUUUAUUGGAUGCUUUAAAAUAUGGCGAAAUUUCCUGCUUAAAGAUUCAUUAAAUAUUUUUUUAAAAAAUGAAAUCGUCGUGAAAAUAGUAUAUAUAAUGAUAAACAAUGCUUAACCAUCAAAUUUAUAAAAGGCAAGAGCAUUACGACAGUAAAAUAUAUAAAACAAUAGAUCAAUAUUUAGUUAUGAACGGAUAAAAUUAAAAAAUGUGAUAAAAUUUUUUUUAUGAACAAAAUAAUAAUAAACUAUCUUAAGAGAAUAAAUUAAGCAAACAAUUUAAUAUAAUCUAUAAAAUGUUUAAAUCUAUCUUAUUUACGUGAAUUUUACACAGUACAGUACAGUUGAAAAAGGCACUUAAAAUAAAAUCAAUUUUAAAAUUUUAUUGCAAUAAAUAUAAAACUAGUUAUU